CAGACGAAAUCUUCAUCAUUACUGAUUGACAGGAGCAAGUCUUUUUAUUUAUUUUAUUUUUUAUUUGGGUAUAUAUAUAUGAAAAAAAAUCAGAAGGGGGGGUUGUUGGUUGAUUUUGGGUCUGUUUUGGUUGGGGAGUUUCGGCUGAGCUUCGAGAGCAAUAGAAGGGGAUUUCUUCUGGUAUUGAGGCCGAGGCCUUUUGUUGUGUGGUUCUGGUGUUGACGGCGGAGGAGCCUUUUUGUUUUUCUGGUGUUGCCGGCGGAAGAAAGGAAAAGUUUUCUGUUGAAAGGGGCUCGGUUUUUGUACCGGAGGUUGACGGAGGGCUUGUUCGCUGUGUCUGCUUCUGUUUAGGUAAUCUCCUGAACAGAGGGAUUUUUGGGAAGGGGUAGUGAAGGAGACGAACGGAGCCUGGUCCCGUGGGUGGGAUCCCUCCCUUCCGAUCUGGAUCUACCUCCUCUUAAAAAUUCCGCCGUGGGUGUCUCUGUUAUUUUCUGUUGAUUUUGUUUAGAUCUGGGUUUAAGUUUGUAUGUGUUUCGUUGGAAAAUGAAUGAAAAAUCAAAAAAGAUUGUUCUGUUUAUUUUACCUGAUGAAUGUUAUUGAAGUGUCAUGCCCCUUGCACACACCCACUCUCAUUUUGCAUUAGGAGACCUCUUCUAACCCUUUUUGGCAACAACCUAUGCAAGAUGAAUUACAGGCUCUCAAGAACACUCGUACAUGGGAUUUAGUUGAUCUCCCUACUGAAAAGUUUCUAAUAGGCUGUAAAUGGGUGUACAAGAUCAAAACACGAUCUGAUGGCUCUAUGGACUGUUAUAAGGCAUGCUUGGUUGCCAAGGGUUUUACACAAGAGUAUGGAAUAGACUAUGAGGAAACAUUUGCUUCAGUUGCUUGUCUCACAUUUGUGAGUAGUUUGCUUGCUAUCGCUACUAUAUGGAGAUGGACAUUGUUUCAGAUGGAUGUGAAAGAUGCUUUUCUUAAUGGUGACCUAGAAGAAGACGUUUAUAUGAAACCACCUCCUAGGCUCAACCAUCCUCCAAACAAGGUAUGCCGAUUGCGACUUGCAUUAUAUGGGUUGAAGCAAUCCCCUCGAGCCUGGUAUGCAAAGUUUAAUGCUACUGUGAAUGAGUUUGGUUUUACUUCCAAUCCAUAUGAUAUAGCUCUGUUCAUUCGUAAGACUGCUCAGGAUCUUGGUGUUCUGAGCUAUUUUCUGGAGCUUGAAGUCACCUUUUCAAAUGAUGGCUACCUACUUUCUCAAGUAAAGUAUGCCUUCAAUCUUGUUUCUAAAGCUGAACUCAAUGAUGGUAAGAGUGUUUCUACACCUCUUGAACCUAAUGUCAAGCUUGCACCUAUGGAUGGCUCUUCACUUUUUGAUCCUACUUGUUCUUGGCAAUUGGUUGGUAGUUUGAUUUAUCUUACCAUGACAUGCCUUGAUAUAACAUAUGCAAUUCACAUUGUUAGUCAGUUUAUGGCUACUCCUCGCUCCACUCAUUAUGCAGCAAUACUUUGCAUUAUUCACUAUGUUAAGGGAACUUUAUUUCAUGGACUCCAUUUUUCUGCCAACUCUUCCCUUAUGCUUCAUACUUACUCUGAUGCUGAUUGGGUUGGUAAUCCUUCUGAUUGUAGAUCUACCACUGGUUACUGCCUUUUCCUUGGUAAUUCUCUUAUCUCUUGGCAGAGUAAGAAACAAACUAUUCUAGCUCGCUCUAGUGCUAAGGCUGAGUAUAGAGCUCUCGGUAAUGGAAUCCUCAAUGCUUUUGACCUGUCAGACUUGAAAUACUUGUUCAAGAUGCCAACACCUCAUGUUAGGUGUCGGAACCUCAAAUCGGCUGAGACCUCUUGUUUCCUUGAAGGAGGUUUUGACUCCCAGCUCAUGGUGACAACCCUUAGACCAUUUUUCAAUUUCCAACGGGAAACAAACUUGAAAUGUUAUCAACACAAGGAAUGUUCCAUCCCCUUAGCUUCUUUCAUUACGAUGGCUUCUUAAAGAUAUAGGCAUUCCUCAACCUUCUUCUACUGAUUUAUAUUAUGAUAAUCAAAGUGCUAUGCAGAU